ACUUCCCACAAUGCAUUUCACCUCAAUAUGUCGUUCGCCAUGAUUGGUAAUUGAAAGGGAACCUUCCUAAAAUCUGGAGUCAUCGAGGUGUGGAAGCAUGAACGGUAGGACACUCUAAACUCAACAUGCACCAAGGAAGUUCCUGGGACGAUAGCGUGAUGUUGGCCAAUGGGGGCCCGGACGUGCAGAGAGGGGGGCACCACCACCACCAUCACCCUGGCAUGACCCGAAGCAAGGACGACGCGAUGGUAGCAUACUUCUUUCAGCGGCCACAGCCCGACACUGAGCUCAUGGGGUCAACCAAACGCUGGGCGGGCGGGGACGACAGUGUGAUUGAACAAGGAAUCAAGCUCCGCACAGGAGCCAUUGGCGUGGAAGAGCUAGAGAGAGAUUUUCACCAUCACAUGUCGCUGGAUAGGGAUAUCAACACUAACGCCAAGAAGCUGUGGGAGCUGGACCAUGAUGACGGCAAGGGACAGCAGAAGCUGUACAGUCCCUGGGCCUCCAGAGACGACACCUGGGGGGCACCCUCCGCAGAAGCCAAUGCCCUGGGUGUGAACAUGGUGGAGUAUGUACUGGGUGGGUCCCCCACUGGGAAGGACAUGGACUCCAGGCUGAGGCAUCUCAAGGGAUAUCCCCCGCACCAGCAGGACGUCCCCUCCCAGGUGAAGGAGAAGAAGAGUAAGACACCGUCCCCCUUUGAGGGCGAAAAACCCAACGAACUGAACUCCCAGGAUGUCCAGGCUAACGGCAUUCUGCAGAAUGGGUUGGAAGACAGGUCCCCAGGCAGCCGUCAAACGUCUCCCACAGAAGAAGCCGUCAAACAGAACCUCCAGCAGCAGCAGCAGCAGAUGCAUCAGUUACAGCCAGUGGCACCAGGUGGCGCUGGGGACUUCAUCCACCAGCCUGUCUUGGCCCAGAACUCCAUGCUGCAGCUGGAUGCGCCCCCUUUUGAGCCUGGUGGGAUUGAGCCGCUGCAGUUUGACUACUCCAACCAACUUCUUCCCUCCAUGGAUAGCCCCAACUUUAACAUGGAGUAUAAUCAGCAGCAAAUGAUGCGAGAGCAACAGCAGCAACAACAACAGCAGCAGCAGCAGCCAAUCCUGCUGGCUGGCGGACAGCAAUACGCUCUGGUAGGCACGCAGCAGCAGUUAGGCUUACCCACUGCAGGCUCUUUCACACCGACCCCCUAUGUACUCAACGCCCAAGACCCCUACGCAGUUGGAAUUCCCAUUGCAACCGCAGGUGGACCAACGGUGAUCCCCCAGUAUUACGGUGUCCAGACCCCCUGGGGGGUGUACCCUGCCAGCGUCAUCCAGCAGGGACAGCAGCAGCAGCAACAGCCAGGAGUGCCCCCACAGCAACAGCAACAACAGCAGCUACUGCAGGGUCAGGGUGACCGCCCAAUGACCCCCCAACAGCAGCAGGCCCAGCAGGGGAGAGGGGAAGCCUUGGGGUCCCAGAACCCCACGGUGAUACAGCCCCAGAUUAUACAGGCCCCAGGCUUGCCGAACUCUGGCCGUCGAGACUCGCUGACGGGAUCUUUGGAUUACAAGCGCCAGAUCCCGUCAAUGAGCCCCUUCUACAACACGGCUGGCCUGGGAGGGAUCAAUUCCCCCGCCGGCCCCAUGGGACUGGUACAACCAGCUCAGUCGCUGACACCGCCACCAUCAUUGUCUGGAUCAAACUCCAGUUUAGGACUUGGCCUAGGCAGCAGUGGCAGGCUGUACUCCCCAGCCCCAGGGGCCGAGGCCAAGCUGCGUAAUGGCAGCCUCGGCUCUGGGGGUCUCUUUGGCAACACCCUGUUCCCCAGCAGCAAGUCUGGGCUGCGUACAGCUAGUCUCUCCAAAGAAGUCACGGGGCGUAGCCGGCUGCUGGAGGACUUCAGGAACAACCGUAUCCCUAACCUCCAGCUGAAGGAUCUUCUGCAUCAUGUGGUGGAGUUCUCACAGGACCAGCAUGGGUCAAGGUUUAUCCAGCAGAAACUGGAGCGUGCCACGCCUGCAGAGAAAGCCAUGGUGUUCAACGAGAUCCUUACCGCAGCCUACAGCCUGAUGACGGACGUGUUUGGCAACUACGUGAUACAGAAGUUCUUUGAGUUUGGAACCACGGAGCACAAGCAGACCCUUGCGCAACGUGUGCGUGGCCACGUGCUCCAGCUGGCCCUGCAGAUGUAUGGAUGUCGAGUGAUCCAAAAGGCGCUGGAGUCUAUACCCCCGGACAUGCAGGUGGAGAUCGUGAAGGAGCUGGAUGGCCAUGUGCUGAAGUGUGUCAAGGAUCAGAACGGCAACCAUGUGGUGCAGAAGUGCAUUGAAUGCGUGGAGCCCAAGCACCUGCAAUUCAUCAUUGAUGCUUUCAAGGGCCAGGUGUUUGCUCUGUCCACCCAUCCUUAUGGCUGCCGCGUGAUCCAACGCAUUCUGGAGCACUGCGUCCCAGAACAGACGCACGGGAUCCUGGAGGAGCUGCACCAGCACACAGAGCGUCUGGUGCAGGACCAGUACGGUAACUACGUGAUACAGCACGUACUGGAGCAUGGCAGCCCCGAGGACAAGAGUAAGAUUGUGAAUGAGCUGCGCGGGAAGGUUCUGGUCCUUAGCCAGCACAAGUUUGCCAGCAAUGUGGUGGAGAAGUGUGUCUCCCACUGCUCCAGGUCAGAGAGGGCCAUGAUGAUUGAUGAAGUCUGCAGCAUGCAGGAUGGGGUGCACAGUGCCUUAUACACCAUGAUGAAGGAUCAGUUUGCCAACUACGUGGUUCAGAAGAUGAUCGACGUGGCGGAGCCGGCACAGCGCAAAAUUCUGAUGCACAAGAUCCGUCCUCAUGUGUCCACGCUGCGGAAGUACACCUACGGCAAGCACAUCUUGGCCAAACUGGAGAAGUAUUACAUGAAGAACAACUCCGACCUGGGACCCAUUGGAUUGCCGCCAAAUGGAGGGAUGUAAAAUGGAGAAACUAGCGUGAAGGUUUUGUUUCUUAUAUGAGGACGGCAUUGCACUAGAUGCGUGUGCCCCUUAAAUAAUUGAACUUGUGCAACCAGUGCUGGUAUU